UUGUCAUUUCGAGUUUGCCACAUGUGAAAUUGCAUCAGCGCGUUAAAAUCAUUUUUUCGUGGUAAAAAGACUUGAAAGGAGCGCCAAGAUGACGUUAUCGUGCCGAUUUUAUAAACAAAAGUUCCCUGAGGUGGAGGAUGUGGUGAUGGUGAAUGUCCGGUCGAUAGCCGAGAUGGGAGCGUACGUAUACCUGCUGGAGUAUAACAAUAUUGAGGGCAUGAUCCUGCUCUCCGAGCUGUCUCGCCGGCGCAUCCGUUCCAUCAACAAACUGAUUCGCGUCGGUAAAACGGAACCGGUAAUUGUCAUCCGUGUGGACAAAAACAAAGGCUACAUUGAUUUGUCCAAGCGCCGUGUGUCGCCUGAGGAUGUAGAGAAGUGCACGGAACGGUUCGCGAAGGCGAAGGCGGUCAACUCGAUCUUGCGCCACGUAGCCGAACUGAUGGAGUUCGACAACCAGCAGCUGGAAGAUCUGUACGAGAAGACAGCAUGGCAUUUCGAGGAAAAGCACAAUCACAAAGUGACCGCCUACGAUGUAUUCAAGCAGUGUGCCGUUGAUCCUUCGCUAUUGGAUGAAUGUGGCUUGGCGCCGGAGCUGAAAGAGUUGCUGCUCAGUAAUAUCCAGCGGAAACUGGUGUCGCAGGCGGUGAAAAUCCGUGCGGAUAUUGAGUGCGCCUGCUACGGCUAUGAAGGUAUCGAUGCAGUUAAAACGGCUCUCCGCGCCGGUCUCGAAUUGUCUACGGAAGAGCUGCCCAUCAAGAUCAACCUCAUUGCCCCACCAUUGUAUGUUAUGACCACGUCCACGCCAGAAAAAGCUGACGGUCUGAAAGCUCUCGAGACGGCCAUCGAAAAGAUCAAGGAGACGAUCGAAGGACUCGGCGGUGUAUUCAAGGUGCAGAUGGCCCCGAAGGUCGUGACUGCGACGGACGAAGCCGAUCUGGCGCGGAAGAUGGAGCGAGCCGAGGCGGAGAACGCCGAGGUAUCGGGCGACGAGGAGGAUGACGACGAGGUUGGCAUCAAGUAUAAGAUGGACGAGGAUGAAGGCAAUGACAAAGAAGAUAAGGACAUCGAGUUCGAGGGCAGCGGUGACGAGGAGGAUGACAAACAGGAGGAAUAAUAACCUAAGAUUCGAUAUGAGCGUUGCGCUGGAUAAUAUUGGCGGGAGACGGAGGAUUUUCAAAACCCGCCUGGUGUGGAAAAGUGCACGUCGGAAAGCACGGCACGUCUUACUCCAGUUGUGCUUAGUUUCCUACCUUACUAUAAAAAUUCGUAUUAAAUGGCGGAAAUUGAAACAUUCUAAGAUCGAUCAUUUAUUUUUUAUCCAUCCACUUUUCUUUUCAAGU